CAAUUCCACUGUAUACCAUCAGGCCGCUCCGUGGUGCGAGGAGCAGUUGCUAAGAGCUUGAGAGAUACCAAAAAGAUUGAUUGAUUGAUUGAUUGAUUGGGACAGUGAAGCGAUAGCUAGUCCGGUCUUAUUGGAUCUCGAGAUCUCUUCCUAGAACGACAACAUGGGAGUUCCCGCACUCUUCCGAUGGUUGUCCAGGAAAUACCCCAAGAUCGUAUCCCAAGUUGUGGAGGAUACGCCUGCCAAAGUUAGAGAUGGCGACGGAGAGGUUGUCGAAGUGCCAAUACGCUACGAGAGCGCCAAUCCCAACGGAUUCGAAGUGGAUAACCUGUAUCUCGAUAUGAAUGGUAUCGUACAUCCAUGUACGCACCCUGAAGGCAAGCCUGCUCCGGAGACUGAAGAAGAGAUGAUGGUGGAAAUCUUCAAAUAUACUGAGCGAGUCGUCAAUAUGGCUAGACCGAGAAAGGUCUUGAUGAUGGCUAUUGAUGGAGUUGCGCCUCGAGCUAAAAUGAACCAGCAGCGGUCUAGACGAUUCAGAGCGGCACAGGAAGCUGCUGACAAGGAAGAGGAGAGGCGAGAGGCGAUCAAGAUGUUCGAAGCGAUGGGACAUCCAGUCUCCGAGGAAACGAGGAAUCAAAAGGGAUGGGAUACGAAUGCCAUCACACCAGGAACACCAUUCAUGGACUUGUUGUCAAAUUCCCUAAAAUACUGGAUAUCGUACAAAUUGACCAACGAUCCAGGAUGGAAAGAUCUCAAAGUAAUCAUUUCCGAUUCUUCCGUCCCUGGAGAAGGAGAGCACAAGAUUGUCGAUUGGAUCAGGAGGCAGCGGUCCUAUUCUGAUUGGGAUCCGAAUACAUCACACGUCAUGUACGGAUUGGACGCCGAUCUCAUCAUGCUAUCACUCGCGACACACGAACCACAUUUCAGGGUUUUGAGAGAAGACGUUUUCUUUCAAGGGUCGAAAGGCCCUCAGACAUGCAAGAACUGCGGUCAGCCAGGACAUCUGGCCGCGAACUGCAAGAGCGAAAAAUUGUUAAAAGAUCCGAACAUCGUGGAAAAGGCUAAGCCUGUCGACCCUAAACCGUUUAUCUUCCUAGACAUCUCUGUCUUGCGCGAAUACCUCGCCAUUGAGUUAAACGUGCCAGGUGUCCCUUUCCCCUUCGAUCUGGAGCUCUCCAUAGACGAUUGGAUCUUCAUGAUCUUCUUCGUGGGCAAUGAUUUCCUGCCCCAUUUACCGUCGUUGGAGAUUCGAGAGGGUGCGAUCGAUGCUUUACUGAAGAUUUGGAAAGCCGAGUUGCCGAGAAUGGGAGGGUAUUUGACCAAUCACGGGAAGGUCAACAUGGCGAGGGCUCAGGUUAUCUUGGAAGGAGUGGCGAAAAAUGAGGAUGAGAUUUUUCAGCGCAGGAAGGAAGACGAAGAUCGGCAAGGCGAGCGUGAGAAACGACGCAGAAUCGAGGAUCACCGUCGGCAAGAUAUGGCUCAGGAGGCCAAGGCCAAUGGUCAUUCUGAACCAGGAUCGAUGCAAUUGAAUGGCACAGAAUACGUUCAGGUGACACCUUCCGCUACGGCUCGAGGCGGACCGCUCCACCCUUCCCUUCCUACCCGAACAGGCUUUGAUACCGUGCCGACGGAAGCGGCCAAUGGCUCGAAACGAAUGACUGCGGAUCAGCGUGAAGCUGCUGCGCUUCGAGCGGGCCCAGAUGCUAUCUCAGCGAUGCAGGGAUCCAAUCAAGAGGCUAUACAGAGUCGUAAAGCUGUUCGCAUAGCCAAUAUGUCGGCCGCUGAGAGGCUCAAAGCGGAAUUAGCAGGCGAUUUGGACAGCGAUGAGGAAGAGACAAACCCAGACGGCGCAGCAGGUGAUCAGCCUGUCACAGUGGAAAAGACAGAAGACGAUGAGAAAGAAGAGAUGACGCUCGGGGAUGCUGAAGAGGCUUUGGAAGAGCAGGCCGAGGACGACGGAGUCGAUCAGACAAUUUUGCCGCCCGCCGUGGAGGCGAAUGGAGAAGAAGGCGAGGCGAUCAUCGAUCUACCAGGAGACGAGCCUCAAAACGUUGUCCCGCCAACAGAUGAGCGGACGGAAGGAGACGAGGAGCAGUCUGUGGAGCGUACCGGGGCCGGCCGCAAGCGUAAAGCGGAGGAGGUUGAGGAUGAUGCAGCAGAUGGCGCUGAAGAAGGCAGCGACAUUGAAGCCCCUCCAGACGAGGAAUCCAACCAGGUCGUAUCGAAGAAGAAGCUCAAGGUAAAUCCUGAUGGCACCGUCGAAGGUUACGAGGACGAUGUGAGGCUGUGGGAGCCAGGAUACAGGGAGAGGUAUUAUGAGAAAAAAUUUGGCGUGUCCUUGUCAGACACUGCCUUUGUGUCAGAGAUCACCCGUGCAUACAUGGAAGGUCUCUGCUGGGUUCUGGAAUACUAUUACCAAGGUGUUCCAGCCUGGGAUUGGUUCUAUCCUUAUCAUUACGCGCCUUUUGCUCAAGAUUUCCAAAAUGUUGGAGCCCUCAAUAUCACAUUCGAGACUGCAGCGCCCUUCACUCCCUUCGCGCAGCUCUUGGGUGUCUUCCCCGCCGCCAGUCGAAUUCAUCUACCUGAGCCUCUCCAGCCCCUAAUGACGGACGAAGAUUCGCCCAUUAUCGAUUUCUACCCUGAUGAUUUCGAUAUCGACAUGAAUGGCAAGAAGAUGGCCUGGCAAGGUGUUGCCCUGCUUCCCUUCAUCGAUCAAACGAGAUUGUUAGCGGCACUGGCUUCAAAGGUCGAUCAACUCACACCAGACGAACAACGUCGGAAUAGAUGGGGGGAGGCGCGCAUGUUCAUCUCGGAUGGUCAUGCGCUUUUCGAUGCUUUUUGCAAGCUUUAUACUCUCAAAGCUGGAUCGUCGCCAAUGCCUAUCGAUUCUCGCCUGUCUCAAGGGACAAAUGGUCAGGUGCUCGCUGAUCCACUCGUCGUUCCGAACUCUGCCUUGGACUCACCAUUGCCGUCCAUAUCGGAGUGCCCAGAUUUGACCACCAACAACUCGUUGGCCGUCCGAUACUACUUUCCUCGACAGAAACAUAAGCAUCGCUCGGUCAUCCUAAGAGGAUAUCGCCCUCAAGCAGCUGUGCUCACCGAGAGCGACCGAGAUUGGACUAGAAGAGGUGGACCAGGACCUGACCGACGAGGUGGACCAGGAGGCAACCGAGGCGGUGGACGAGGCGGUUACUCCAAUGGUGGACCCGGAAUGUCUCAUGCGAAUCACGGCGGUCCACGAAGAGACGGCUAUGGUGGUGCUGGCGGUCCCAGAGAUGGUCAGAGAUAUCCUUCAGGUUCAGGCGCACCAUAUCAUGCCCCGCCUGCCCCCGCUACUGGCGGACCCGGGUACGGCGGUGGAUAUGGCGGAGGUGGAGGAUAUGGCGGUUACGGUUAUGGAUCCAGCGCACCGUAUGCUGCCGGACAGGGGUACCCCAGUCACGGCAGAGAUAGAGAUUAUCGUGGACCACCCCCUCAAUCGGCUUAUGGCGGUUAUGCCCCUCCCCCGCCCUCGCGCAAUCCCUACGCGCCUCCGCCUGCUCCUGCACAUCCAUAUGGCGGCGCUCCUGCCCCAUCAUAUGGUGGAUCAUAUGGCACAUAUGGAGGCAAUGGAGGAUACCCACCACAGAACGGUUAUGGAGGGUAUGGCGGUGCUGCGCCUAGUCGUGGACCUCCUAACGGGGGUGGUGGAUCCUAUGGUGGACAAGGCGGAGGUCACAACCCCUAUGCUCACUCCCGAGCGCCACCGCCGCCUCCCCCUUCAAGACGAUAUUGAGCUGAGCUCUUAUAAGUUUUCGCCUUUCAUUCUUGGAGCAUCCAUCAAAUUUUGGCGAUCAUCCUCAAACUGUCAUGGAGAUUAUUUGACCAAUCAGAUUG